AUGAAGACCUUCGUCGUCGCCGCUGCUCUUAUCAGCGUUGGUGUCGCUCAGAGCCUCGCAGACCUGCCACAAUGCGGUCAAACUUGCUUCAAUAACAUGGUCGCUCCCGGACUCGUGUCCUCGCUUGGUUGCGCUACUGGCGACACCAUCUGCCUCUGCUCCAGCCAGAACUUCGGCUUCGGACUUCGCGACUGUUCUCAAGAAUCCUGCCCACCUGGUACCGAUAUCUCUGCCAUCACAGCAUACGGCAAUCAAUACUGUGCCAAUGCGGCCUCCUCCGCCUCAAGUGCUGGAAGCUCUGUUGGUACCCUCUCGGCUACUUCUGCCAUGACUGCCAGUGAUGGCUCCGGCUCCGCCUCUGGUGGUUCCACUCCGGUCUCGACUGAGACAACCUUCUCGACCAUCACCUCUGGUGGCAGCACCAUCACUACCGCGGUUGGCGAGUCUACCAUCUUUGGUGCUGGUGGCGCAGGCGGAAAUGGCGGCUCUUCCACACCCAUCUCAACGGAGACUCUCUUCUCAACAGGAACCAACAGUGAUGGCAGCACAUUCACGACCGAGGUUGGCACUUCCACCAUCUUCGGCGCAGCUGGUGCAGGGGCUUCUGCUUCUUCGGUUGCUUCAAGCGCUUCUAGCCGUGCGUCUUCUGCAGCAUCUGCCGCAAGCGCUUCGGCUUCUUCUGUCGCAAGCUCUCUCUCCUCCCAAGUCGCGUCUGCAUCCUCCGCAGCAUCAGGUGCCGGUACAUCUGCUCAGGCUUCCGCAUCUUCACUUGCCAGCUCUGCAUCGUCACGUCUUGCCAGUGCAACCAGUGCUGCCGGCUCUGCGGCUUCCUCCGCUGAAUCCAGCGCCACAGGUGCCGCUAUGCCCAUUGCCACAGUUGGUGUUCAUGGCCUUGCCGGCGUUGCAGGUCUUGCUGCCAUCAUGAUGCUUUGA